AUGAGGAUUCCAUCUUCACUGUCUUGGCACAUGGUUACUCUGUUUUUGAUUCUUCAAGUCGUCACCAUAAAGGCUUUCAUCCAUGCCACCUGCAAUCAUAACUCGACCUCGCUAGACGUUGGGGCUCUACCACCUUUUGUUUGGACACUGCUCCCCCCAGAAGGACUCCUGGGGCUUUGGGUGAAGGUGAAGCCCUUGAACAUCUGUCAUCACAUCAAAGGGGCACCAGAGUCCUCCUCUGUCUUCGUGGCCCUCUUCCAUCAGUACAACUGCUCCUUCACCAAGAAGGUCUUUCAGGCCCAGCAGGUUGGUUUCCAUGCUGCCAUUGUGCACAACGUGAGCUCCCAAAUGCUGGAGAACAUGAUGAGUGAGCCAGGUGCCAAAUGGCACAUUCACAUCCCAGCGGUGUUCACUGCAAAAGAGACAUCUAAGAUCCUCAAGCGUCUGCAGCACUCUGGGAAAUUCCUUUCAUCAAUCCCGAUGCCUGAAUAUUUCCAUAUCACCUGGAAAGAUGCUUCUAGGGCUCCCCGCCUUGAUUCCAGAAGUGCCUGCCAGUGUCUCAUCCAGCUAUCUGGCUUCUGUUCACAGAUUGCAAUGCUUUACACCUGUUGGAUUAUCUGCCUUCCAAUGUCUGCCUUGAUUGCCACAAUACUCAUUGAGAAGUAUCUAUCCCGGUGCAAGAGAAGAAAGGCAAGGAGGAACCUCUUUCUCCAAGAACAUGGGAAAGAACCAGUCAGUAUUUCAUUUACUAGCUCCAAAUACCAGGAAUGUGCCAUUUGCUUGGACAGGUAUAUGGAAUACGAUAGCGUGAAAGUGCUGUCAUGUUCCCACGCCUUUCACAGCAGAUGCAUCGAUCUCUGGCAUAUCACCCAGGCCAGAUGUAAGACCUGCCCUCUGUGCAUGCAGAAGGUGAUGGUGGUCACCCGUUUACAGGUGCCUUGGUCCACCAGUUCCUGGUACCUGUUGCUGAAACAGCGGUAUCGCCAGACUCAAACAAACAGGGAGUCAGACGUGAAGAAGGAUUCAGAGGAAGGUUCAGAGAAGGACAGUGAGGAAGAUCAGGAGACCCAACACAAAAUUCAGUGA